AUGUCUUCUCCUUCGGCGUCUGAGAAGCACCAGCAACCGCGCAGGAGCGCCGACUCGUUCUCCGGAGACAGGACCGCAACAGCGACCCCUGAUGUCAACAUGACGAAAGAAGACAAGCCGAUCCCGGACGACUCAAGCGCUUCGCCAGACCAAUCGAACCGCGAUGAAUCCGACGACAACGGCGACGGCCUCGCGCCGACGCAGACCAAUGCCUCCGAGGUUUGGCCCGUGACGACGAUGUCGUUCCCCCGUGAAGCGCUCUUUGUAGCUAUCUGCUGCAUGGCGCAGUUCUGCACCCAGGCCGCAUACAUGGAGACUCUCGUCCUCCUGCACGUAAUCGGCGGCUCCUUCCACGUCGACAACCCGGCCCGUCUCGCGUGGCUCGUCGCCGGCUACUCCCUCACCGUCGGCACCUUCAUCCUCUUCUCCGGCCGCCUCGGCGACGCCUUCGGCUACAAGCGCAUGCUCAUCAUCGGCUUCUCCUGGUUCUCCGUCUGGUCCCUCAUCGCCGGCCUCAGCGUCUACUCCAACUUCACCCUCGCCGUCUUCUCCCGCGUGCUGCAGGGCAUCGGCCCGGCCAUCUGCCUGCCCAACGCCCUCGCCCUCUUCGGCGCCGCCUACCCGCCUGGCCACCGCAAGGCCAUGGUCUUCUCCUUCUUCGGCGCCGUCGCCCCCAUGGGCGGCGUCUGCGGCGCCGCCAUCGCCUCCGUGCUCGAGCUCGAAUGGUGGCCGUGGGCGCUGUGGGCGCUCUCCAUCUGGCUCGCCAUCCUGGCCGUCGCCGGUUUCUUCAUCAUCCCCGAGCCGCAGCGCAAGAUGGGCCCGCCGCGGGGCCUGCAGGAGAUGAUGGUCGAGCUCGACAUCCCCGGCGCCGUCACCGGCAUCGUCGCGCUGGUGCUCUUCAACUUUGCGUGGAACCAGGCGCCCAUCGUCGGUUGGAAGACGCCCGAGGUCCUGGUCCCGCUGAUCCUCGGCCUCAUCCUGUUCGGCGUCUUCGCGGCGAUCGAGUUCAAGUACGCCGAAAAGCCGCUGCUGCCGUUCGACGCGGUCAACGCCGACGUCGCGUUCGUGCUGGCGGCUGUCGUGUGUGGAUGGGCGACCUUUGGCGUGUGGACGCUGUACCUGGUGCAGAUCCUGCAGGAGAUCCGGACUCUGUCGCCGCUGUUGACGUGCGCGUGGUUCUCGCCCGUUGUGGUCACCGGUGGUAUCGCGGCUGUGAUCACCGGCAAGCUCCUCGGCCCUCUCAAGGUCCGUCCUGCGGUAGUCAUGACGAUGGCCCUGGUUGCGUUCACCACCGGUGUCAUCCUAACGGCCACGGCGCCCGAGAACCAGAUCUACUGGGCGCAGAUCUUCGUGUCCAUGCUCAUCAUGCCGUUCGGCAUGGACAUGAGUUUUCCCGCUGCGACGCUCAUCUUGUCCAACGCUGUGAAGCGGGAGCACCAGGGUAUUGGUGCCAGUUUGGUCAACACCGUCGUCAACUACGGUAUCGCGUUGGGAGUGGGCUUCGCGGGCACCGUGGAGGUCCACGUCAACCGCGGGGCGCAGACGACAGAGGACAAGUUUGUCGGCUUCAGGGGCGCGAUGUACAUGGGCAUCGGCCUGGCUGGCCUCGGACUGUGUGUUUCGUUGACCUUCUUGGCGAGGGAAUGGAGGCACCGGAAGGCUGGGAAGGUUGCGAGCGAGGAGAAGGCCGAGGCGCCGAAGUCGUGA